CAAAUUAUGUUGCACCGUGUAUAACCAACGAGCUAACGUUAGGCUAGUUAGAUAUAGCUAGCUAGCUUUAGAUUCUUACCCGCGUACGCAGCUGUAUGAUGAACACUAAACACACGAUUAUAGAGGGAUACUAAUGAAACUCGUUGGUGUCACUUUAUUUUACAACCACCACGCGGGUGUCGUCGACGUCUUCGGUUUAAUUGUUUUCAUCAUUAGCCGAUCCUGUGCUGGUCAGUUAGCUAGUUAGCCUCUUCAGCUAGCUAGGUAUAGUAGCGUAUGGGAGUCAAAGUUAGCUGUGACUUCCCCGGGUGUCUGGUGGCCUGAUCUCACAUUUUCGGACACGUCAAGGUUCCUAAAAUCUGUCUCUUGAUUUUGGGGGCUGUGAUGUCGGAGCCCAAAACCCCCACCCCCACUCCUGCUGGCGACACAUACAAAGGAUGGGUGUUCAAGUGGACAAAUUACAUCAAGGGUUAUCAGCGGAGGUGGUUUGUCCUGAGCAAUGGGCUUUUGUCCUACUACAGGACCCAAGCGGAGAUGGGCCACACGUGUCGAGGCACAAUCAACUUGGCCACAGCAACGAUCGCUGUGGAUGACGCCUGCAACUUUGUCAUCUCCAAUGGCGGAGCACAGACCUAUCACCUGAAGGCCAGCUGUGAAGUGGAACGUCAGCGCUGGAUCACUGCCCUGGAACUGGCCAAAGCCAAGGCAGCACGCAUGCAGGCUGAGUCAGAUGACUCGGGGGAUGACUUCUCCCCAUCUUCCCCACCGGUACCACCCGGACAAGGUGGCGGAUCACAGAAUUCAGAAGUCCAGUCUGCUCUCAGAACACUCGGCAGCAAGGUGGAGGACCUCAGCACCUGCAACGAUCUAAUUUCAAAGCAUGGCUCUGCCCUCCAGAGGUCUUUAUCAGAACUGGACAGCUUGCGUAUGACUGGGGAGGCUGGGGAUAAGAUCCGCCAGGUGACAGAGAGGGCCACGCUGUUUCGCAUCACCUCCAAUGCCAUGAUUAAUGCGUGCCGAGACUUUCUUGCGCUCGCUCAGGGUCACAGCAAGCGUUGGCAGAAAGCUCUUCAAGCGGAACGGGACCAGCGGGUCAGGCUGGAGGAGACUUUAGAGCAGCUGGCCAAGCAGCACAACCACCUGGAGAGAGCGUUCAGAGGGGCUGCACAGGCUAAUGCUACUACAGACAAUAAAAGUGCUGCUGGGCCGGGAAAAGGUGAGGCCAGUGACGAAGAUGACGACAAUGAGUUCUUUGAUGCCAUGGAAGAAGCGCCUGAGUUCAUCACUGUGCCUGCAGACCCGCGGUUCCACAAAAGGUCGAGCAGUAAUAUCAGCGGUUUCAACAGUGAAAUGUGUCCUGAUGAUCAAUCGCUUAAUGAGGAGCCUUUAGCGAUGAACCCAGAAUCUCCCUCACAGGAGUUGGUACCACUGAAGAAGAGGCGGACACGCAUCUCAGACAAACCCAACUACUCUCUCAACCUGUGGAGUAUCAUGAAGAACUGUAUUGGCAAAGAGCUGUCCAAGAUCCCGAUGCCUGUAAACUUCAACGAGCCCAUAUCCAUGCUGCAGCGGUUGUCGGAGGACCUCGAGUACCACGAGCUCCUGGACAAGGCUUCCAAGUGCCAGAGUCCGCUGGAGCAAAUGUGCCACGUGGCCGCCUUCUCCGUGUCCUCCUACUCGACCACCGUCUACCGCACGGGCAAACCCUUCAACCCUCUGCUGGGAGAGACGUAUGAGCUGGACCGCCGGAGAGAGAGCGGCUACCGCUCCCUCUGCGAGCAGGUGAGUCACCACCCCCCUGCAGCAGCGCAUCAUGUGAUUUCUGAUCGUGGCUGGACCCUGAGGCAGGAAAUCACUGUUGCCAGCAAGUUCAGGGGAAAAUACAUCUCCAUUAUGCCCUUAGGCACAAUACACGCAAUCUUUGAAAGGGGCAACAAUCACUACACAUGGAAGAAAGUUACCACCACAGUGCACAACAUCAUCGUAGGAAAGCUAUGGAUCGAUCAGUCGGGGGAGAUUGACGUGGUGAAUCACACCACCGGAGACCGCUGCCACUUGAAGUUUGCGCCUUACAGCUACUUCUCCAGAGAUGUUGCCAGGAAGGUGACAGGUGUGGUGACGGACAAGGACGGCAAGGCCCACUACGUGCUGUCAGGCACGUGGGAUGAGAAGAUGGAGUUUUCGCGGGUAAUGCAGAGCAGCAGAGGAGAGAAUGGCACGGAGGGCAAACAGAAGACCGUCUACCAAACCCUCAAAGCCAGAGAGGUUUGGAGGAGGAACCCUCUACCUGAGGGAGCGGAGACCAUGUACUACUUCACUGCCUUGGCGCUGACCCUAAACGAGCUCGAGGAGGGCAUGGCUCCCACCGACAGCCGGCGGCGGCCCGACCAGCGUCUGAUGGAGGAAGGCCGCUGGGACGAGGCCAACUCGGAGAAGCAGCGGCUGGAGGAGAAGCAGCGCAGCGUCCGGCGGGAGCGAGAGAGGGAAGCUGCCAGCCAACGCACCUCCAGCCAGUCAGAAGAAGCUGUCGAUGAGGACUCUCUUACUGAUCCGUCCUUAAAAAGCAAGUACUACUACAUUGCCGCCUCCUCACGCUUUCAUUUCCGUUUGAAUCUUCUAUCUAGAUUGUUUCGUCUUUUUUUUUGUUGCGAACACAAUUUGUCUUGUCUUCCAGGCGCGCCUCAUGACAGCUACCAGGCACUUUGGUUCGAGCGCUGUGAGGACCAGAUCACAGGUGAGCAAAUCCAUAUCUAUAAGGGAGGCUAUUGGGAAGCCAAGGACCGUGGCAGCUGGGAGGGCUGUCUGGACAUAUUUUGACCUCGGCAUUGACGGCACAGUGCCCACAAAGAGACUGAUACAUCGAAGUCCCACACCUCCCACCUGGACAGUUGACUCCCUCCAGUGGCUCUCUGUUCUAAGAGAUCUCCAGGACUGUCGCUGCUGUCUGAUCCAGCGGGGGAGCAGGGUUUCUCCUCUGCCCCCCCCCUUUUCAUCCCAUUUCGGUUCCUGUCACCUAGAAUCUUAGCACCUAAACACCUUGUUGCCGUCACACAUCGGAAAGGACUGGAACAAAACAAACAAAUGUUGUGCUGCAUUGACUCGGGGUCAGGCUGAGGGGGGAGGAAAUGAAAUGCGCAGUGCUUCCAAAUCAUGGGUUGAUCAUUGUUUCUAGUCUCUCUGCUCAAGUCUGUCAGAUCAGCAGCAGAGCAGGUUUUGUGCUGAACACCCUGUGAGAUAAUAUAGUGUUCCUGUUGUCAUCCACAGCAUUGUGUGCUUUGGUGAAAAAAAAAAUAAGGGGUUAGACCUGGUUAAUAUAUAUACAAUUGUGUAUAGAUAUGAUUCAAAUAAUUUCAUUUAAAAAGUCAACUGGUGGCCUUCAAGACGUUAGCGAGGAUUUCUUGUUUAUCUCUCUGAUUUAGUGUCUUAAAUGUAAUGAAGUGACGGUUCUAGUGUGCUUGUGUGUAUGACUGCAUAUCUGCUCUUCCAUCACUUUACAACACUGCCACUGUGCAGUACACAGUGUUUAAAAAGAAGCGAUUGUCUGAAAGACAGAUUGAACCUCCAUACCCAUGUAUAGUAGGUAGAAGAGAUUUAUUUAUUUUUUUUCCAUCACAAAAGGCCUGAUGAUGAAAAUGUUGAUGGUGGAAAGUUUGAUUUGGCUAACGGGGCCCUUUCUCUUUGCCUUCUCUCGUUUGUGUUUAAAGUACAUUUAAAGGGGAUUUAAGGUUUCUUGGAUAAAAAUUCAAUCUUUGAAGAAGUAGGGAAAAAGACUACAUGGCUGCUGCAAUAUGGCAACAACGUGCUUGUUCCAGUGCUGAGAAAAUCUCACAUAAAUGCAGUUUUAUUUCAUAAUAAUUAUGGAAAUGACCCCUUUUUCACAAUAUUGGAAUACUAUUCUUUCCAUUUUGUACUGGGUGUGAUAUUUCUUUUUGUGUGUGAUGAGAGGAACACAUACAAAUAGGCAAAGGAAAAAAUUCAAAAUAAAUGCAAGUGGUGAAAAUUGACCUUUGUAUCUGCUGAAGAGUUCAUACAUAUGCAAGUACAUUUUGACACCAAAAACAUUGUGUGUGUGUGUGUGUGUGUGUGUGUGUGUGU